GCAGCGGGCCAGCGCGUCUAGCUAGCUCAAAGUGCCACGACUUCACACAGACCUCCGUUACUUAGACGGACCAAAGCAGAGACUGGGAUAAUAUCAAAUAUAUUGAAAUAUUGAGUUUCUUUGAAUUAAUACAUUUACCAGUAAUCACGUGUGUGUUCUUUCUCUUAUUUGAAGACCUCUAGCAACCUCAGCGGUGAUAUAAGGACAAGCAAAGCAUCAUGAUGGAUAUCUAUGACCCCCAGACCCUGGGUGUCAUGGUGUUUGGUGGCUUCAUGGUGAUCUCGGCCAUUGCCAUCGUGCUGGUUUCGACCUUCUCCAUGAAGGAGACGUCGUACGAGGAAGCCCUGGCCAAGCAGCGCCGCGAGCUGGGCCAGAUGCAGCCUCCGCGCCCUGACAGGAAGAAGAAGGACAAGGCCUCUGAGAAGAAGAACAGAGGGAAGAAGAAGGAGGACAAGCCCAACGGGAAACUCCCUGAGGUGGACCAAGUGUCUGAGGCGGAGCUCGUCGCCGACACGGUGCCUGAGCCUGCCCCUGCCCCAGAGCCAGCCGCUGUCAUCCCAGCCUCUGAACCUACGUCCGCCCCCGCCCCUGCUCCUGAGCCCCCUGCUGCCCACCUCAAGACCCCUGCUGCUGCCCCCGUAGAAGCCCUGUCUGCUCCCUCCCCAAAGGAGAAGAAGAAGAAGGAGAAGAAGGGGGCUAAAGUGGAGCCAGCCUCCACCCAAUCUGCUCCUGCAAAAUCAGCCACUGCCCCCCCUAAAUCCACAGCUGCCCCCCAGAAGUCUACCCCUACCCCAGCCCCCCAGAAGUCUACCCCUGCCCCAGCCCCCCAGAAGUCUACCCCUGCCCCAGCCCCCCAGAAGUCUACCCCUGCCCCAGCCCCCCAGAAGUCUACCCCUGCCCCAGCCCCCCAGAAGUCUACCCCUGCCCCAGCCCCCCAGAAGUCUACCCCUGCCCCAGCCCCCCAGAAGUCUACCCCUGCCCCAGCUCCCCAGAAGUCUACCCCUGCUCCAGCCCCCCAGAAAUCUACCCCAGCCCCCCAGAAAUCUACCCCUGCCCCAGCCCCCCAGACGUCUACCCCUGCCCCAGCCCCCCAGAAGUCUACCCCUGCUCCAGCCCCCCAGAAAUCUGCCCCAGCCCCCCAGAAAUCUACCCCUGCCCCAGCCCCCCAGAAGUCUACCCCUGCUCCAGCCCCCCAUAAAUCUGCCCCUGCUCCCCAGAAAUCUACCCCUGCCCCCGCUCCCCAGAAAUCUGCCCCUGCCCUCCAGAAAUCUGCCCCCGCUCCUCAGAAGUCUACCCCUGCUCCCCAGAAGUCUGCCUCUGCCUCCCAGAAAUCUGCCCUGGUACUGGAGGCCGUUACUAAGGACGUGCCCGUGAUGGCUGUGCCACCUGUGGGUUCCCAGCAGGCUGGGCCAGUUCCUGCAGUCUCCGCCAAAGGCCAGAUCAAGGGAGAAGCCUCCUCUAAGAAGAAGGCCUCUUCCAAGAAGAAAGCUGAUCCUGUGGCAGCCGUGGAGCUGGGCGCGGACGCUCCCCUGCAGCUGCCCUACAAGGCCCUGCUCUCCACCGUCAGCAGCAUGGCGUUCAGCGAGGGCGAGGCCCAGCGCCUCGUCGAGGUCCUGUCCGACCGGGCCGGCGUGGUGCAGGGCACCUGGCACACGGCCACACAGAAGGGGGACCCAGUGGCUGUGCUUAAGAAACAGCUGGAGGAGAGGGACAAACGGCUGGCUGCCGAGCAAGAGGACAUGGCCGCCACCAAGAACCGUUUCAGAGAAAUCAACAAGGAGCUGCUGGCCGAGAAGGCCAAGGUGGCCACGGUGGAGACCAGGCUGAGCUCCCAGCUGAGCAAGCGGGAGCAGGAGAUGAUCGCCCUCCAGGCGCGCAUGCAGGCCAGCUACCAGGACCACGUGGGGCAGACCCAGAGGCUGAACGCCAAGGUGGUGAGUCUGCAGGAGCAGCUGGAGAAGGGCCCCAGCACCCAGCUGGCCCAUCUGCAGCAGGAGAACAGCAUCCUGAGGGAAGCCCUCGAGAAAUCCAACAGCCAGGCUGAGAGCGUGCUCAAUGCGGAGCUGGCCCAGCUGCGACAGGACUGCGCCAAGCUGAGCCAGGAGCUGGGGGAGAGGAAAGAGAGCCGGCAGGCUGACGAGCACCUCAGGGCGGGCCUGGAGGCCAAGCUGUCGGCCGCAGAGCACCAGCUGUCCCAGCUCCAGGCCAGCGGGGCGCAGAGUGAGCAGGCGCUGCAGGGCAGGCUGGAGGAGGUGUGCGAGGAGCUGCGGAGCGCCCAGAGCAGCUGCGGCAGCCUGCAGGCCCGUCUGGAGAAAGCCCAGCAGGACAACGCCGCGGUCUCAGAGCUCCAGGUCCGCGUGGGCAGCACGGAGGCUGAGCUGGAGGAGAGCUCCGCCCAGGUGCAGGCCCUCACGGCCCGGCUGGAGCGGGCGGAGGCGGAGAAGAGCCGGCUGGAGGAGCAGGUGGGCUCCAUCAACACGCUGCUGGAGGCCAGCCAGGGGGGCGACCAGGACAGCCAGGCAAAAUCGGCAGAGCUGGAACAGCUGAAGCGAAGCAUGCAGGAGAGGGAGGGGGAGCUGGCGGCCGUGCAGGAGGAGCUGAAGCAGCUCAAGGAGACGCAGCCGGAAGUGACCUCGCAGGAAGUGACCUCGGAGCAGGCUACCAGCAGCGAACAUGCCGGCGUGGUGGCGUCCCUUGAAGACGAACUGAAACAACUCAGGGAAGAAAUGGAAACACUCAACAACACACCUCAGUCAGAACUGACACUACUACAGAACAGCCUGGCAGAAAGGGACGCCGUGGUCACAUCACUACAGGAGGAGCUCAGAGAAGCAAGAGAACAAUCACAGACCGCCCACAACGGCGCGAUGACGAAGCUAAGAAUGUUCCAGACGGAGACCAAAGAAACACUACAGACACUCUUCCCACACGUAGAUGUGGAAUCAGAGCAGUCAAACUGGCUGCAGACAUUUGCAGAGAAAGCACAGGAGGCUCUUGCGGCGCUCCACCCGAGCCAGGAACCUCAACAGAGCACAGAGCUGCCGGAGCUCCUGGAGAAGCUGAAGGAAUCCGAGGAGAGCCGCGGAACUCUCCAGGCCGAGUGCGAUCAGUACAGAAGCGUCCUGGCCGAGACGGAGGGCAUGCUGAAGGACCUGCAGAGGAGCGUGGAGGAGGAGGAGACGGUGUGGAAGGGGAAGAUGGCGGAGUCCGGGGAGCAGUUGAAGGAGGCCCUGGAGAAGGUCCACACUCUGGAGAACACGGCAGAGGUGCUGAGGGCGGAAAACAGCAACGCGGAACAGUUGAAGGAGCAGCUGAUGCUUCUGGAGGCCCAGCUGGAGAAACAGUCGGACCCUUCCAUCCCAGACAGCCAGGGGCACUCAGAAGAGAUGACACAGCUGCAGCAAAUGCUGCGUGAGUCUCAGAGGCAGCUGGAGUCGGCCCAGAGGGAGGCCCAGGCUCAGAGGGAGGAGCGAGCUAUGGUCAGAGAGCAGCUGAGCGAGGCGACGGAGCGCGCUCAGAGAGAGGAGGCUCCCGGGCCACAGAACGGCUCGGCCGAGCCCAGUCAGGCGCAGUGUAAGCUGACCCAGACCGCAGAGAAGCUGCAGCACGUGUCGGAGGAGUUCCAACAGGCUCAGAAGACCGUCUCUGACCUGCAGACUCAGCUGGACCUCCUGAAGGCUGCUGGGGAUGUCCCUCAGGGUGACGUGGAGGACGUGGCCCAGCUGAAGGAGCGGCUGGAGAAGGAGAAGAAGCUGUCCAAAGACCUGGGCCAGGCGGCCACCAAGCUGCAGCAGCUCCUCAAAGCCAGUCAGGACCAGCUCGCCAAAGAGAGAGAGACGGUCCUGACAUUACAGGGAUGCUUAGACGGCAAGGUAGAACUCUUGUCAGCUGUGGGAGAGAGUUUGGAACUGAAAGAAGGAACAUCCGUUUGAGUCUCAGAAGGACUCUACUACCCAACUGCCAAAAAUGCCUUAUGAUAACCAGUUCUGCAUUCCCUCCCCCC